AUGAAAUAAGAUCCUAAUAAUCUUUGUGUUGAAAGACAGUCCAAAAUUUAGAAAAAACAGGCAUUUUAGCAUUAAGGUGUUGGUAUUCAAAAUUUACAAUGGGGACCUUUAUUGCUAGGUCUAUUAAAAAUAUAACAGUAAGUUCAUUCAUCCUAUAAUAGAUUUAUUAUCAUCGACUUAAUGAUUAAAGAUGAUGAAGUUUGGAUAAAUGAAACAUAUUUCAAUAAUAUUGAAAUGGUUCUUAAUUGUUAUAGGAAACUAGAUACCAAUUCAAUCAGUUGGUUUUGA